AUGGACACAAAUCCUAAAACUAAAACUAAGAGUGAAAAUAAAAAAAUUAAGGCAAAGUUUAUCCAUAAUCAUGGACAGAAGCCGUCUCUAAUUCAAAUCACCCCUCCAAUGCUAUCCAGUACUCUGUUCCACGCGUAUCCAUUAUUGUUGAUAUUCGAUAAUGCACUCGCCAAUAUAAUGUGGUUAUCUGACGACAAGUGUUUGCCGUUCAUUUAUUUAACGAGCAUAUGGCUAACAAUAAGUUUUUUCAUUCCCAUUCAAACAGAAGCAACCUCAGUUUUACCAUUCACUAGCCUCUUGAGACUAUGGCUUGGUAUUAUAAGCGGAGUAUUCCUAUUCUCAUCAUUUAUGUAUUAUAUUGUUUCAUUGAUUGCUUCAUUGAAAGACACGGAACCUCCUACGCUGGAUGAAAUUGUCGUGUUACUAGAGUCUGUAUUGGGUAAACUAGAAGUACUAAGAAAUGAGUUGAAUGUUUGGAAAAAACUGAAGUUUUCAUUUAAUGGGGUCAAUGAGAAGUGUUCAAACAAGAGGCUUUUUUCCAGGUUGUUCAUACUGGGUACAAUCUGUCAAAUUAUUAUCAUGAGAUUCAUAUCGGUGGGAGCCUACACUAGAUUUUUCGUUGUCAGUACAUUGGUAUACCAUUCGACUAGUUUUCAAGCUACCUUAAGGUUGCUUUGGAGAUUUAUUCUUGCCAGAAGUUUUUAUUAUUUGGGGUCCAAAACUUUCACGGUUCGGGAUUGGUCAUCAAAUUGCUUGACUAUGGAACAAAUUAUCACUUUAUCACAAGAAGCAACGAUUGCAGCGCCGUUAAUAGAAGUAUUGCCAAGAUUACUUCACGAAAAGAAAAAUGAUGAUCACAUCCGUAUUCUACGACUAAUACUCAGUGAACAAAAAGAUGACUUCCAAGACCAAGACCUCCAAGUAUUAGAAAUUGAAGUUAACGAAAACCAGAGAAAAUGGUAUCGAGAUAAGCAUUGGAGUACAAAAUUAUUGCCUUAUGAGAGGCAAAAUUUUUCCAUAGAAAUUAAGAAUGCUGAUGGAUCAUCAAUUCUGAGGAAUUGCUUGUCAACAGUCAAGCUUGGCGAACAAAAACUACCCAAUAGUUGGCAUUGGAUCAAUGACAACUGGGAGAGAACUGAUUGGGUAUAUUCUGAUUCGGCAUGGAAAGAAAUUGGAAAAUAUAACUCUUUAGAGAGUUGUACCAGGUCAAGGAGAUGGAAGCGACGCCUCUUUCAUUUGUAA